UUCUCUCUCUCUCUCUUUUACCCUCUCCAGUAUCGCGAGAUCUAUGUGGCUGUGGUCGGUGGUGCCGUCAUCUGCUCGGUGCUGACGCUGUGCUGCGUCAAGUAUGUGACGAUACUGACCUCGAGCAUUGUGGGCACGGCUAUGGUGAUCGGCGCCAUAGACUACUUCAUGCACAGCCUGGAGACAAUUAACUGGAUACUGAGCAUGAAGCCGCAUCCACUGCCGCCGCCCUGCUAUGGCGGUCUCUUGAUAACCGCGUGGCCCUUGACCAUUGUGAUCAGCAUCAUGGUGCAGUGCUUCAUCACCGCCUGGCGCGUGGAUCAUCGCAAGCGUCUCUAUAUGCGACACCAUCCGCAGCAUCCGCAUGGCAAUCAUCAUCUGCCCCAUGGCCAGCCGGCACCGGGCGCCGCGGGCGUCGGCAAUCCCCAUGUGCCGAUGCGCCGAUCGCAGUCGCGCACUCGCGAGACCCGCGAGGAGGCCAGGCAGCGCAAGUUCCGUUAUCUGUAUCAGGUGCGCACGGCACGCGGCGAUAUCAUCUCGCAGAACUUUGUGUCGGCUCUGCAGAAGCGCAUUCAGCUGAGCGGCACGGAGACGCCGUCGGAACGUUCCAUUAAAACUAGUUCCAAUGAGCGGAACACGUUCCGGAGCGAUCGCACACACUUCACGACCAUUCACGAUCCGGAACUGUGCGACAAGAUCGAGAUUGUGCGCGACAUUGGAUAACAAACAAGCAAUAGCUACAUGUAACUAUAUCCGUAAGGGGGCACUGGAGUGAGGGGCGUGACAGGUGGGUAAUGGGUCGGGGGAAGGGGGCGAGACGCAGGCAGAAACUGGAGCAGAACUUACGGCUAGGGAUAGCGGAGACAUGUAGCUAAAAGGAGGAGGAGAAACUUUGAUCAAGACAAAACUUUGAAGAAGCUUUAACUAAAACAGAAGGAAAGAGAUAGAGGCAGAUAGAGAAAGAGAGAGAGAGAGAGAGAGAGAAGGGAGUAGUGGGUUAGAAUAGGUCUGGGUUAUGCAACUUGUUUUUGGUUAAUCAAAACAUAAAGAAGAUAUUUCAAAAAUAUCUCAGUUGGAAAUAAAUAAGCUUCAUAGAAUUUGAAAAAAAAAAAAAA